AUGGAUAAAAUAUUACUGAAGUAUAUUUUUGACGAGUUAUGCACUAGCUUUAAUAAAAUAGAAACUGGAACAAACAAGAAAGAUGAAAAUAGUGAAAUUAAUUAUUGUUUAACAUUAGAAGGAUUAUAUGAAAAUUUAGAAAGAAACAAAUAUAUUAGUAUGGAUAAAUAUAUGAAAAAAGAAGUAUUCGAAAAUAUAUAUUUUUGUAAAGAUAUAUGCAUUUUAAAAAGUGGAAAUAAACAAGUUAUGCUAGAUGAAUAUAAUAAUGAUAUAGAUUUAAAAAUUAAUUUUGAAGAUAGAAAUUUUAUUAUUAGUUCCCCUAGUGAAUUUAACAUUUAUAUAAAUAAUAUAUAUAUAUAUAAUAAAUACAAUCUAUUUUAUUAUCAAAGAAUAAAAGAAUGUAAAGAAAAAAUUUUUAUUUUAUUACACAUUAUUUCUGGUAAAUACAAUGGAUUAAUUCAAAGUUCAUUAUCUAAAUAUUUAAAUUUAGAUUCAAAAAUUAUUCACUACCAUUUAAAAGAGUUGUUUCAAUAUUUAUUAAUUAAAAAAAUUAGUAUUAAUAUAAGUGAUGUAGAAAACAAUUUAGAUUAUAAUAGUAACACAAUUAAAUUAAAUCCUUCAUAUAUUUUAUAUUUUAAUGCUUUUUUUAUAUAUAAUUUAUUACCAAUAUUUAUUAAAAAUCUAUUGUACUCUCAAAAUGUACUGUCAAUUAAUAAAAUAAUACUAUGUCUUUUAAAUAAAUUUAUUAUAAUACCUCAAAAAAUUUUAUCUUUGAUAUUUUUCAAAUUGUUAAUUGUUUAUAAUCCAUAUUACUUUAUACAAGUAAGAAAAGCCUUAAAAAUUUUUAAUUCAAUUUUAUCUAAUCUAAUUAAUAAUAAGAAGAUAAUUAUGUGUAAAAUAAAAAUUCAUUCUAAUUAUGAAAAUUGUUAUUUAACUUAUGAAAAUAGGCAUAAAAUAAAUUAUGAUAAUAUAUUUAAUUUUUUACUUUUAUUUUAUUACAAUUAUGAUUAUAUAAUAAAAUUUAUAAACAAAUCAAGCUACUUAAUGUGCGAAGAUUAUGUAAAAAAUUUGGAAUUUAAAAAUGAAUUUGUUAAAAGUAAUGAUCCAAGUAGAAUAGAUGAUAUAAGUCAAUACUCAAAAAAAAAUUCAUUUAACGAAAAAUUACAAGAAAGUGAAAUGAAUAUAUAUUCAAAAAUUCCAACAAGCAUUGAUAAUAUAAUUAAUAUGAAUAAUUGUGAAUUAUAUAUGCAUGAAAAUAAAGACAUUAAUAAAAGUAAAAUAAAUCAUAUAAAAUCACUUAGUGAUGAAAAUUUUUUAAAUAAAAAAGAUUGUGAUUUAUUGAUAAACGAUUUUAAAAAUUAUAUGGAUUUAAAAAUAAAUCAUAAGUUUCAUGGCAUGGAUAAUUAUUCAAGUUCAUUAGAUGAAAAUCAGGAAUCAUGUUUAUCGGAUUUUUCUUUCUUAUAUGAAAGUGAGAAAAUUCCUCAAUCAAAUAAGCAAAUUAGUGAAAAUUAUGAGAACAGUGAAGAAAAUAUAAAAGCAUAUUCUUCUUCAUCCAUUAGUACAGAUUCGGAAAAUGAUGAAUAUAAAUAUUAUAUUAAGAAUAAAAAUAUAUAUUUAAAUAAUUUAUCGUUGUAUGACAAAAUUAAAUACUUGAUUAUAAGUAAAGGAGUAAAUGGAAUAACAACAAAAGAUAUUUCACAAAUACUAUUUCUUAACAUUAAAAAAACUACUACAUUCCUUAACAAGCUUAUAAAAAAUAAAGAUGUUGUUAAAAUACCUGAAAGAAAAGAUAAAAAUUUUAUGUAUAGAUUUUUUGACAAUAAAAUUUAUCAAUAUAUACAAAAAAAUCCUUCUAUUGAUCCAUUUAGUAUAAAUCAAACGGAGAAUAAUAACAUCAGAAAUUCUAAUGAUAAAAAAAUAAUUACAUAUGCAGAAAAAAACACUUUUUCAAAUAGCUAUGAAGCAAAUAAUGAAUUAGGCUUAUAUCAAAAUAGUAAUUAUAACAACUUACAUAAAAAAAAUGCAAAUCAGAUAUUUAAUGUAGAUAAAGAAAAAAAUGUAAACGAAAAUUUAGAUAAAAAAGACAUCAAUCAUAUUCAGUUUAAGAAUUUAAAUGAAUCAUUAAAUAUACUAAAUUACACAUAUACAAUAAAUAAAAUAGAUAUAAAUGUUCUAAAUUAUGUCAUACCAAAAUACAAAGACUCUUUCAAUAGCUAUAAUAAUUAUAAAGAAUUUUUUGAUAAUUAUGUUGAAAAUUUUAAGAAUUUUGAGAAUAAAUAUGAUUUAUAUACUUGUAGUUUUCACUUUUUCUAUUAUUUAAAAUUCCUCUUAAAAAAUUAUAACAAACAAUUUUAUUUUAAAAUAAAUUGUGAUAUUUCAAAUAAAAAAGAUUUUAAAAAUAAUAUUCCAAAUGAACAUAAUGAAAAUGAAUUCUAUAUAAAAAAUGUUGAAGCAUCUAAGAAGGAUAUAGAUUUUAUAAAAUACUUCUUAGAAGAUACAAAAAAAUUAAAAAGUAACGUAUUUAUAAAGAGAUUGUUUAUUUUUUGCCAUUUUUUACUCAGUUCAAAAGUAACUACUUUUCGAUUUCUACAAGAUUUGUUUAUUAAGAUAGAAAAUAAUGGAAGAACCAUAGACAGAAAGUCAGUUCAACGUCUGUUUAUUUACUCUACUAAAAUUAAUAAUUUUUUUAAAAAAUCUUCAGUUCUUUGUAGUAAAACUGUGAAAUAUUUUUUUUAUGAUUCACAAGUAUUAUCAGAAAAACAAUCAAAUGAACUUUAUUUAAAGUUUCAGCAAGAAUACAUGCAGUUUUGUUAUAAAAAUAAUUCUGUUGAUAAAAAUAAUAAAGCAAAAAAAGUAUAUUCUAAUAUAUCAAAUGAUAAUUUAACUGUUUAUUCAAUUAAAGAUGGUUUACAUAUUUUUGAUGAAAAAAAUUAUAUUACUCACAACCAAGUAUUAAAUAGUGAUAAUUACACAUCUUGCAAUGGUAAUAACUUAAGUGAUAAGAUUCUUAAGAAAAAUAAUAUACUAAAUUAUAAUUUAAGUACUAAAGAAAAUGUAAUUAUUUCUGAACAAAAAAACAAAAAAAAUACACAAAAUUUUGCAAAAUAUUAUUAUGAUUGUAAUUCAUUAAAUGUGAUAUGUAACAAUAAAGAAGAUAAUAUAUAUAAUUUGAAUAGAAAAAAUAUACAUAAUAGUAACCAGAAUAAUUAUGAUUCAUAUUACGAUUUUCAUAAUAUAAAUAAUUAUAUUCUUCCUACUGGAAAUGAUACAAAUAAUACACUUAGUUUAAAUAAAAAAAGGAAAAUGACCAGCGCUAAUUGUGAAUCUUUUAAUAAAAAAAGUAAAGUAGACUAUAUUCAAGGAAUAAAUGAAAAUUUAGAUAACUUUCAGAAUAAAUAUCAUUCACAAAAUAUUCCUAAUUACAUCAAUGAAAAUGUUGAAGAAUUUUAUAUAAAUAAUAAAAAUAACGAUUCCUAUAUUUUACCAUCUUCAAAAAAUAAAAUAAACAUGAAUAAUAUGGAAGUAAAUAAUAAUAAUAAUAAUAGUGAUAAUGUUGAUAAGAUUAAUGAUAAUGGUAAUGAUUGUAGUAUAUUAUAUAUUGAUAUAUUAAAUGAAUCAGCUUUUAAAUGUAGAGAAAACAAAAUCAUUAGUAAAAAAAUGAAAACGAAUAACUUUUUUCAAAAUUUUAAAACAACACAAGAACUUUCUUAUAGUAUAAAUUAUUUUUAUGGAUAUAUUUUUUCUAAAAUGGCUAGGUACAAAUAUUUUCAUAAAUGCUUAAUUCGUAUUUUAAAAAAAAAAAAGUAUAAAAUUAAAAAUAAAUUAAAAAAUUUAAUAAGAAAAGGUAAUAGUGAAGGUAAAGUUACAUGGAAUUUGAAUAAUUUAAAAAAAAUAAAAUUAUUAAAAAAAAAAAAAAAAAAGUUUAAUAAUGCAUUAUCUGUAAAAUAUAUAUUGAAAAAUUUAUAUCUUGAUGAAUAUUUAAAAAUUAUUAGUGUAGGAUGCAAAUUAAAGUAUAUUGAAAAUUAUCUACUAAAAAAAAAAAAGAAAAAAAAAAUGAAAGAUUUGCCCGAAAUGCUAUUUGAAUUUUUAACAUCAUAUUCAUUACUCAAUUCUAAUAACAAAAAUAUUAUUGAAAAUUUAAUAUAUAACAAGAAAGAAUCAUUUUAUUUAAAAGGAAAUAAUCAUACUGAACAAAUUAAAUCAAAAAAUAACUCUAACGUUAUAUCCAAUGAGUUCAGAACUAGAGAUGAAGAAAAAAAUUUAACAAAAAAUUAUAUUUCUUCUAGAAAAAAGAUGAAAGAGCAAUUAUGUGAAGAUGACAUAAAUGUUAUAAAAAAUAAUGACAAAAUAUAUAUGUUCUUUUUUAUAUAUAGAAAAUUAAAAUUUUUAUAUAAUAUGAACUUAAUUGACCUUAAAUAUAAUGAUAUAAAUAAAAAUAUAAAAUUUAGUUCAAAAUGGAAAAAUAAAACUCCUAGUUAUUCGAAAAAUGUUGAUUUAAAUAUCUCACUUAUUGAUUUUAAAAGAAAUAAUUUGAAAAUUUAUAUUAAAAAUAAAGUUAGUAUUCAUUUAUUUACAUCAAAAAAAGAAAAAAAAAAAAAAUCAAAAAUAUAUAAUAUGAUGGAAUACAACAAUUUUGAAGAAUAUUAUUAUAAUUUAUACUUAAACAUUGAGAAGUUCAAGACGUUUUUACUUGAAGUAUGUUUAAAAAAUUAUCAUUGUGGUAAAUUAAAAAUGAAGGAUAUAUUAAAAAAUACAAAAUUUAAGAAUAAAAGUUUAAAGUUUUUACUUUUGCACAAUUCUUAUACUAAUCAAUUAUUUUUAACUAGACGGUUGAGAAUAAUGUUCAUUAACUUAAUUAAAAAGGUAAAAAAAGACACACCUAAAAUGAAGUUAAUGAAAGUUAUGAAAUCUUAUAAAGAAUAUAGCACAUUUCGCGAUGUAUUUAAUAUAUCUAAAAUAAAUAUAGAAAAAUAUUUUACCAUUUUUUACAAUCUUUAUAACAAAGAGAAAAAUAGUUGUGCAAGAAUAACGAAAAAAACUUUAUCCUUUUUAUGUCCAUUUUGCAACGAUAUAUUUCUUUUAAAAGAGGAUUUAUUAAAUCAUAUAUCAAAUAUUCACAAUAUAAACAAAAAAUUUUCAGAUAUUAUUUCCUUUUUUUCAGAUUCAAAACAUAUGAUACAUAAAAGGUUAAGUGAUUUUUUAAAAAUUAGAAAUAACCUUGUAAAAAACUCAAAUUUAUUACAUGAACAUAAUUCCAUUGAAGAAAAAAGAAAUAUAUUAAUCGAUGAAAGAAAUCCAUUAGAUAAAAAUAAUAAAUUCACAGAAAAAUCUGAGGGCAAUUUUUUAUUUCAUAACAAAAAGGAAUUAUCUAAUAAUAUUAUGGAAAAUAAACAAAGUUAUAACCAUUUGGAUGAAAAAGAAAAAUUAAAUAAUGAAGAAAUUAAAAUUUAUAAUUCAAAAAAAAAUAUAAAGAAAGUUAAUAAUUUAUGUAUUAAUAAUAUUUCCUCAACUAAAAAUCAUAAUAAUGAUAUAAAUUAUAUUAUGGAGAACGUAAAGAUAAAAUAUUCCUUAAGAAUUGUUUACAUUUAUUUCGUAACUAUAAUUGUUCAGUUGAUUAUGUCUCAAAAGAUGAUAGAAAAAAAAAAAAUUGUUAAUACUUUUUAUAGAUUAUUAAAAGAUAAUGCACAAAAAGAAAAAAAAAAAAAAAAGGAAAACAUAGUUGUAGAAAAGAAAACUAAAAAUAAAAAAUUUUCAACAAAAGAAUUUUUAAAUAAUAAAAAGAAAAUUAUGAAGGUAAUUAAAAUAAAAAGUAUCAAUAAAAGAAAUCAAAAGAUUAGAAAUAUAUUGAAGAAAUUUCAAAAAAAUAAAAAAGUAAAACUACAAAUAAAAAAAUUAUUAUUAAAAAAUAAAAUCCAAAAAGAAAGUCAUACAAACGAAGAAAUUUGUAACAAAAAAAAAAAACUGAAAUAUAAUAAAUUAUUUUCAUUAAAAAAAUCUAAAAAUUUUAGUGAUUUUAUAUCUAUGAAAUUAAAAAAAUUUCAGUUAAUAUAUUAUUUAAAAAAUAGAACUAAUACUAUCCCAUAUCGAAAAAGUGUAUGGAAAAAAAUAAACAGUAUGAUGAUUGGAAAAUUUAAUGAAAAUAUGUGUUUUUAUAUUCAGAAAAAAUUAUUCCAUUAUUUUAAAAAGAACAUAGUUCCUUACUUUUUUAUUUUAUACAAUGAAAAAUUGUCUAGAUUCAUUGUAAAUUAUUUUGCAACACACAUAUAUAAUUGCACAUACACCAAUAUAAACUAUUAUUAUGAUAAGUAUAUAAAAAAAAUAUAUAACUUUGAAUUUAUUUCUCUUGUGAAUUUACUAAAAAUGUUUAUUAUAAAUUAUGGAGAUUUGUUCGUUUUAUACAAAGAAAUUAUGAAAACUCUAUUUUUUCAAAAAAUUAAAGAUAUUAAAAGAGCUUUAAUGUUUCUAAAAAAAAAAAACUACGUUGUUGAAACAUCUUAUUUACUAUCGAAUUAUAUUAAUAACGAGAUUUCUUAUGAUAAUAUAUAUUCUAAUUUAGUUUAUAAAUCUUUAUUUUAUAAAAAAAAGUUAUCCCUCUUUUCAAAGAAAAGUUUUUUUGAUAAUAUUCUUGAUUUAAUUCAUUUAUUUGGUGUAUCACACUCAUUGAAGUAUUUAGAAAGCAAACACAAUGAAAAUUAUGAAAAUUCAUAUAAUAAUUCUAGUAUCACAAAUUGCCACAUAAAUAAUUUAUUAUAUCAUAUUGACAAUAUUUAUGAUGAAAGUAAAGAUUAUUAUAAAAGUAAUUUUAAGAAUACUAACAUAAAUAGUGAUAUAACACGAAGUUAUAAUAAAAAUAUAAAUUCAAGUAAUGAUUUAAAUGAUAUGGAAAGAUUUAGAAAUAUUUAUUUGAAUGAUUGUAAUAGAAAUGAUAAUAAUGUAUUCUAUACUAGCAGUAUAAACAAUAAUUAUGAAGGAAGCGAAAGUUUAAGUGAAGAAUAUAAAAAAUAUGAAUUCAAUAAAAAUUUAAGUAUUUUUGAUUUAAAUUAUUAUAUUCAGAAUUUCUUAAAAGGAAAUAUUAUUUUAUAUGCGUGCAACAAUUAUAUAAUAAAAGAUGAUGAUGAAAGAACAAAUGAUAAUGAAAAAGUCGAUAAUCACAAAAAAGAUUUAGAAAUAUCUAAAAUUUCAGGAAAAAAAGAUAAUAUUGUCUAUAAUAAUUUUAAAAAAAAUGAGGAAUAUUUAAAAAGUGAAGAAAAAGAAAAUGAGUAUAAUGAAAACAGUUGUAUGAGCUAUAUUUCAAGUGAAAACGAUUCAGAAAUAUAUGAUCACUUUUCAGAUGAUUAUGAAAUUAUAAAAUUACUAGAAAAUGUUAAUGAAAAUAGCAGAAAAGCACAAGGAGGAAUAAGUAAACAUAUAAAGUGUUUAACUAAGCAUGUUAGUGAAUAUUUUCCAAAUUAUUAUAUUUUAAUUAAGGGGGAAAAAAAAAAACUAACAAAAAAGCUUUCAAAUAUUUUUUCAAAUAAUAAAGAAGCAAAAUUUUCUAGUUUUAACAAUAUUUUUCAACCACAUACUGAUUCUAAUUAUAUAAAUAGCUCUUUUUUCAGUUAUUUUAAAAAAUAUUGUGUAUACAUAUAUGAAAAUAAUAAUAAUAAUAUAAUAUCCAAACCAUUUAAAAAUUCAUUUAUUUUAAACAUAGAUAAUAAUUGUGAUUUUAAUAAAAUAUUUAACUUGUAUAUGCAAGCAAAUAACUUCUCUAAUUCUAUAAUUUAUAAAAAAAAUAAAAUAUUAAUUUAUAAUAUUAACAAAAAAACUUUUAUAGAUUUUGAUCAGUACCCACAAAAUUUGCACUUAUAUAACAUUGGAUACAUUUCUAAUAUUCAUAAGAAUAUUGAUUCACUAUUAGAUAUUCAAGUUUUUAAUUUGAAAAAUAAUGUUUUUUGGAUAGAAAAAGAAAAAUCUAAUGAGCAAAUAAAUAAAACCAUUGUGCCUAAAAGAAGUUAUAAAAAGAGGAAAAUAGAAAACAUACCGAAUAGUAACUAUAAAGAUUUAGAAAAAAAGAACAAAAACUUAUGUGUAAAAAUGCAAUGUGAAAAAAAAAAUAAUAAAAAUAAAAAAAAUGGUCAAAUGACAAAAUUUUUAAAAAAAGUUAGAGUAAAUAAAAAUAAAGAAAAAGAAAAUAUAUAUAAAGAAUCAUUUAUAUUUGUUACUCAUAUUUUGUAUAAUGUAUUUUAUUUCGAUAAUAUAUUAAAUAAUUACGAUAAAGAUGGACGUUACAAAUAUUAUCAUUCAGAAAAAUUAAAAAAAAAAAAAAGUUUAUGUGAGAAAAUAAAUGAAAUAUACAAUUACAGAAAAAAUAAAACUAAUGAAAAAAACAAUUUGAAAAAUACUUUACCUGAUGAAGAUAAAAUAGAAAAUAGCAAAAAAAAUGAAGAGUAUUCCAAUGAACAUGCAUUCAAAUCAGUUACAUUAAAUGAUAAUAACAUGAUUGAUAUUAAUGAGACUGAAAAUAAAAAUAUAGAAGAAAAUACUUUAAAUAUAGAUAAUGAACAUUACGAAAUAUCAUAUAUAGAUAACAGUUCUAAUAUAUAUAAUAAAAUUAUUAAUAAAAUGUUAUUUAUUUUUUUAUUAAUUAAAAAAAAAAAUGGGAGUUUUAUUGAUAGCUUAAAAAAAAUGUAUCUAAAAGAGUAUAUGAUUCAUAAGUGUUAUAAUGAAUACUCUUGUGUUAAAAAAGAAUUCAAUUUUAUUAUAUUUAUUUUAAAUAAAUUAAAUCUUAUAAACAUAUUUCCAUAUAUGAAUACACAUAAAAUAUUCUUGCCUAAUUAUCACAAUAAUAAUGCAUAUAAAAGAAAAAACAUUUUUUACGAUCAUAAUUAUAAAUACCCAUUUUUAAAUAUGAUAAAUUUUCAUCUGAAAAAUUUUAAAUUUCAUUCAAAAAAAUACACUGAUAAUAAAACAAAAAUAUUCAAAAAGUUCAUUGAAAAAAACGAAAUGAUGAAUAAUUUAGAUAUGGAAAAAGAUGUAAAUAAAACAAAUGAAAAUUUUUCAUCAGAUAAACAUGUUUACAAAAAAAUUAAAGAAGAAAUAAUUAAUUAUAAUAGAAGAAAAAUGGAUUAUUGUGAUUAUAUAUUCAUAAAUUUCAUAAAUAAUAAAACUUUAAAUAAACCUUUUUUUAUUCCUAGAUUAAUUCUGUUGUUUAAUCUUCAAUGUUAUAUUAUAAUUCAUGAUUUUUUUUUUAUGUAUUUUUUAGAAAAUUUUCAAAAAAGUGAACAAUUAAAAAAGGAACACCAAUUUCAUAAUAACAGCUUGUUUAAAACAAAAAUAGGACAAAAAUUAUUACAUCUAACGGAAAACAAAAAAUAUCCAGUAGUUAUUAAGUAUAUUAGAAAAAUUAUUAAAAGAGCCUGCAAAUACUUUGAGAAUAUUUUUUAUUCAUAUAAUAAGAUUAAUGAAUCUAAUAAGAAGGUUUAUAUAUAUUAUUUUAAUGAUAAUUAUAUUAAUCCUAAUAGCUUUAUUUAUGUAAAUGGAAGCGUAAAUGUAAAAUUUAUUUUUUUUUAUAUUUUAAAAGUUUACUUUUACUUGAAAAAAAAUCCAUAUUCCUCUAUUUUUGAUAUAUAUAAAAAUAUGGAAAUUUUAAAUUUUUGUGAUUUGAGUUUUCUACUAAAAGCUAUGUACGAAGAUGGUUUUGUCUGUUUCACAUUGAUGUAUGUAUCAAAAAAAAGUCAAAUGUAUAAAUUAAAUAAAAAUUAUAAGAUAAUUAAUGAUUUUAAUAAUAUAAUAUCAAAUAAAAAUUUAAAUAGAAAAAAAAAAAAUACUUGCAAUUUAUUUGAGAACACUACAACCUUUGAAGAAUCUACAGAUAAUGAUGGUAUUUUAAAGGGAAUAAAAAAAAAUAAAAUUAAAAAUUUCACUUGUCAUAAAAAUGGGUAUGGUAAAAAUCAUAAGUUUCACUCUAACAAUUCUUAUAUUGAGAAAAUGAUGUAUAAAAAAAUUAAAUUAUAUUUCGUUAAAGAUGAUAAUAUGAUUUUUAAAAAGUAUGAAGGGACAUUUUGGAAUUGA